AUAUUAUAACAAGAUGCGGAUUGAGAAGGAACACUUUCCGCUUCUGCUCAUUCUCCUACUACAUUAGUGGUAUUUUCCCCUUCUCUUUCUCUUUCCUCUAUCUCUCUCUCUUUCUCCCUUUAUAUCCAUCCUAUAGUAUAACAACUCAACAAUCAAGAAGAUCAGAUCCAAGAAGAGGAUCAUCUGUCUAUCAAAAUAUACGCUGAUCAGUCACUUCAUCAAUCAAAUCAAGAAUCAAAAAGAUGUCCUCCUCAUCAGCUGCCUUUACACCGGACCACCUCUCUCCCUCCGAGCAGCUCUGUUACGUCCAUUGCAACUUUUGUGACACUGUCCUCGCGGUGAGCGUCCCUUGCUCUAGCUUGUACAAGACUGUCACCGUUCGAUGUGGUCACUGCACCAACCUCUUGACCAUGAACAUGCGUAGCCUGCUUCUUCCUGCGACUAACCAGCUCCACCUUGGCCAUGCCUUCUUCAAUCCGCAGAAUAUCCUGGAGGAGAUCCGGAGCGCAGCACCACCAAAUAUGCUGAUAAAUCAGCCCAACCCAAAUGAGCCAAUAAUGCCGGGGCGAGGAGGAAUGGAGGAGCUCCCUAAGCCACCUGUGGUUAAUAGACCUCCGGAGAAGAGACAGAGAGUCCCAUCUGCCUACAACCGCUUUAUCAAGGACGAGAUCCAACGCAUCAAAGCCGGAAAUCCUGAUAUAAGCCACAGAGAGGCCUUUAGUGCAGCUGCAAAGAAUUGGGCACACUUCCCACACAUCCACUUCGGACUCAUGCCUGAUGAUCAACCCGUGAAGAAAACUAAUGUGCUCCAACAGGAAGGAGAGGACGUUCUCAUGAAAGAUGGAUUAUUUGCUCCUGCCAAUAUGCCCUACUAACAAGUGUAACUAUUAGGGUUUCUUUUUCACCUCUCUCGCUCUCUAUCUUCUCUUCUCUUCAAAAUAUUAGGCUACUGGUUUUAAGCUUUCUUCCCAGGAGACUACUAAAAACCAUGGGUUAUUAUUGGUUGGCUUAUGUUAGCUAGUAAUUGUGUUUGGGAGAGCAUUUUCAAGUUCAAUUAACUACUAAUCUCCCUACAGCCAUAAGAAAGUGAAGAUCUCUAAUGUGGGCAAUUUGGAAUUCUUAAGACAUUAUUUGCUGAGUAGUUUUGCUGAAUCUAA